AUGUUCGAACUACCACCAUACUACGCGGACAGGCUGGCGCCGCGCGCCAUUGUCUUCUUCCCCGAGACCAGUGGCCAGGACGUCGAUGAGGUCAUGAGAAAUAUUCAGUCCGUGUCCGAGUCUAUCAGAGUGCUACCGUUGAAGUUUACGGAGGAGGAUUUACGGGCUUUUCAGGGUCCUCAACUGUGGGCCGGACGGGGCAAGUACCGACCCAUAUCCAUGAUGUCCGACACCAAAGGAGGUCCUAUCACCCUGGUCCACAUCAGGCCUGGAAUCAGCGCCGAACUCCAAAUACUCCUCCGCCCCGACUUGGAUGGUCCCCAUCCCCGUCCUACUUCCCAGUUCCCACUCCUCACUCGAUCUCAUCACCACCGCCUAGGCGCCUGGGCUUCAUCCACCACCCGACCUAAGAACUAA